AUGGAAGAAGCAUUAUGUCCUAAAAUCGGCAUCGAGUUUCAGUCAGAAGAUAAGGCAUACAACUUCUACAAUAGGUACGGAUUAGUUGUUGGGUUCAGUGUUCGGAAAGAUUAUUUGAACAAGGAUAAAGACAGUGUAGUUACAUCGAGAAGGUACACAUGUUGCAAAGAAGGAAUAUCCUUGAAACAAUCCCAUGAACUCAUGGGAAAAGAGGCAGGUGGAUUAGGCAAUAUUGACUACACUCAUGAUGACUUAAAACGCUAUCUACGAACAAAAAGAGAGAGGGGAUUAAAGUAUGAUGAAACUGGUGCAAUGCUACGAUACUUUGAAGAACAAAAAUUAGAAAAUCCGUCAUUCUUCCACGCAGAGCAGCUUGAUUGUGAAGAACAAAUUACAAAUAUAUUUUGGGCUGAUGCAUCAAUGCUGAUGGAUUAUACCUAUUUUGGGGAUGUGGUUACAUUUGAUACCACAUACAAAACUAACAAGGAGUACAGACCAUUGGGCGUAUUUGUGGGAUUCAAUCAAUUUAGACAAUUGGUUAUUUUUGGAGCAACUCUAUUGUAUGAUGAGACCAUUGAAUCAUUCAAGUGGUGUUCGAAAGGAAUCCUAUGCUCACAUGCUUUGAAGGUGUAUGAUAUGGUUGGAACAAAGUUUAUUCCUGAUCAAUAUGUGACAAAGAGGUGGACAAAGAAGGCAAGAUCCGGAGGCAGCGUCGAUUGCAAGGGUAGAGAAAUAUCAUCAGAUCUGUCUCUCUCUAUUUCCCAUCGAUAUAGGCUAUUAGCACCCGAAAUAGUAAGACUUGCUACCAGAGCUGCCAUGUCAGAAGCCGCUACAAAGUUAGUCGGUAGCGUAAUGUCUGAAUUGUCAAAGAGAGUCGAAAUACUAUUUUGUGGAGAAAUAGAUGAAAUAACACAGAAUAGUGCAUCAAUGGAUCUAUGUAAGGAAAUACAGGUGCAGAAUGCAGCUGGCCACUUUGUGACUCCAACGGGUUUGAAGAAACGAAGUGGCAAAAAAACUAAGAAAGUAUUGUGUAGUUGGGUGGACAGGUUUCAUAGGCAAAGAAGAACUCUAGAUUGUCUAAGGCAAGCACUCCUGAGAUGGUUAGUACUGAAUCUUAUUUUUGGACUUACAUAA